AUGGAGGAUUUGAAAGCCCUUUGUAAGAAAUUAUCUUUCCUGUCUACGAAAAAUCAGCCCAAAUGGAAUGGAUCUAAGAACGACCUACUCAAGUUUCUGGCCUUGCAUUUGGAAGUUCAGCCUAAUCAAUUUCGCGCUAACGACAAUGGAACCUGUGCUAUUUUCAAGUUUCAAAACAUCACUUGUAACUUCUUUCUGAGAACUUUAAAAAUUCAGGGAAAAGAAGAUGCAGACAAACUGAGAAAAGAUUUAAUUAAGCUAACUUCAACUUGUUCAACUUGGGCACACUCGGUUGGCGAAACGUCGAACGCAUUCCAGGGGAAUCUAGACAACGAUGUUCAAGCGAGAGAGUUUAUAGCUACGGAGCCUAUUUCACCUAGUGAUGGCCCUAUUACAAUUAACGCUGACGACAGCUUUGGAGGGGAUUUUGCUAAACCUCCUGUUUCACCCACUGAAGACGACCUAGCUAAAGCUGAAACUAUUAUUGAUAACGCAUACGUGGAAGUCAUUUUGAAUGCUAACAAAUCUCCAUAUUCAAAUCUGAUCAAGGAUAUCGAAGCUGAUUACGACAGUCAAUUAACUCAGUUGUCGUUGUUGUUAAAAAAAGUGUCUAACGAACUAAUUGAUCUGAAAGCUUCUCAUGCUGCUUUACUGGCGGCGAACAAUGAAAUAACAAACGAAUUGACUGCACUACGAAAUGACGUAACCUCUCACCUCCAGACCCAAUUACAAAGAAUACCGGAAACAAAUGAUCUGAAAGAUUCUCAUGCUGCAUUACUGGUCGCUACCAACGAAAUAGCCAAUGCAGUAAUUAAUCUUCGAAAUGACAUAACUUCUCACUUCCAGAAACCAUCGCAUAUCUUGCCUGAUUCCCAGGGGUGGACAAGUGUCGGUAAAAAUAGAAGACCCAUAGAUAUUCAAAAUAAAUUCAAGGUGCUCGAGGUUUCCGACGAUGAAAUAUCGCCUAAAGCAUCUGACACCAAACCUGAUGAAAAUUCGCCACAGAUAAUCAAUGCAGAUCGAUCAACGCCUAUGACCUUGACUGAUCAACUAGCAGAAUACCGAUUACAACACAAGCAACAGUUCAUUUCUCAGUUUACUACUGCUAUCUCUGAAUCAUCCACUCAACCUUCCAUUGCUAACUCUACAGUUACAGCUAUCAAUUCCUCAGAACAGGUUCCUGUUAGCGCAGACAAACCGAAUAAAAGCCUGCCUAAUUGGGGACUCACUAGUCAAAAAUAUAGAACCUAA